UAUUUAUGUGUUUAAAUAAAAUAAUAAAAUAAGGACGAAACAGUGGUACUAAAAUGCGUAGUGAACUUGAUUAUCUUGUAACAAAAUAUUAGAACUUAUUGUAAUUUCAUCGUAAAAGGCUUAAACAAUCCCCUGAAUAAUAAAUUGUUUACGGAACUACGCAACACGGAUUUUGGGGUUCUUCCUCAGAAUUUCCCCAAACUUUGGGGAAGACCCCGAAAUCAGGGGACUGGGUAAAUAUUUUACCCAUCGAGUAAUCGAUAUCCACUGAUGGAGUAAAACACAUUUUAAACAAAUCUUUUUGAAAUUUAUUAACUAAUUAUUUAUGAUCAUUGCGUCAUAUAGUCUUUCCUUUGCAUACUGUCGAUUGACUUAGUUAUUUGACAAUUUCCUAAAGUCUUAUUUAUAAGCACAUUUUACAUCCAUGCAAAGUUAUAGAAAUGUCCAUAUUCCUCAAAAUGUAAGAAUUUACUCCACAUUUAGUGUAUAUCACUGCAUAGUUUAACUUUAAAUAGUGGAGCAUCUGAGUGUGCUGAUCACUUUAAUGAUUUCGGAGUCUUAUCAACCCUCAGGUCUCAGUAUGGAUACUGAGUUUUGGCAAAGUUUACCAACUUUCAGUACCUGUUAGAUAAGUGAUAUAUACGUCUAACUACCAGAGAUCGAAUAUACCGAUCACUGCAUCACUUAAGACCGUGAAAAGUGAACUAUAAAUGUAUAUAUAUGUCACUGAUGUUUAAUAAUAUUAGUAAUUGAUACAUGUUACUGCUGUUAAGCCUCGUUUGUUGAUUUACAAUGUUAACUACUUGUAGUCAUUAGUAUUGAGAACUAGUUACGUGAUUAAAGUACAACUUUGCAAACAAUCCCCAAUGAUAGUGCCUCAGAUUAACAGCAAAAUCUCUGACUUUGAGACAUCUAAUUUGGAUAUCAAAAAUUUACGGAAAAUAUCCACAGCUCAAAAUAAUAAAUACGCUAUCAUACCGUCUCAAAAUAAGAUAUGUAGUAAAAAAUUCAAGUUAUUUUCUUAAAAUAUUAAAAAAAACCGUCAUCUAAUUCUUUCAGAACACUUACUUUCAGUCCACUGUCCGAAUAUUCGAACAAAUAAUAUCCACUAAUAGGCUGUCCUACGUUAUGUUAUCAACAUGAAACGACUCAAAAGAUGGGAUUUAGAUGCAGCUGUUGCUCGUGUACGUCAAAUACCACAACCUUAUCAGGCUACACUAAAAGGUCCAACAAGUGUUAGGAAAAUAUUCCGUAAACAAGAAGAUGCCAUUAACUUUGCCAAGCAGUUUGGUCAGGAAAUGAUGGUUUUUAGUUAUGAAAGUUUAUCUCUUGGGAAUGAAGGUCAGCGUUCAUUUUUAGCAUCUGGAAUUCAAUCGUUCUUUUACACCUACAAGCAAAUGGCACCUUCUUCGCGUUGUCACUAUGAGGUAAUUAUGGUAGACAGACCAGCUAAAUUGUAUUUGGAUAUAGAAUUUUGUAAGUUAUCUAAUCAAGAUAAAGAUGGGGAAGUAGCUGUUAAUACAUUUUUAAAGGCUUUAUGUGCUUCUAUCCAAUUCUUCUAUGAUGUAACUAUUGAACCCAGUGAAAUAUUAAUAUUGGAUGCAAGCACUUCAAAGAAAUUUAGUCAACAUGUCAUAAUCAACAGUAAAAAUCUUUUAUUUCAAAGCAAUUUAGAACAAGGUCAACUGAUUCGUAUACUUUGUAAAAGUUUGUCACAAUAUAGUUUAUUACAUACUGAUUUCCUAUACACAAAUGAAUGUUCGCAUUGUUCAAAUCAAAUUAAUCAUCUUAUACAAGAUAUAUUUCCUGAGAUUCAAUUAACCAGUAACGAUGCUAAAAAUUGUUUUGCUUUACCUAAAUUAAAACAAUCUACUUCAUCAUCAAGUGAAUUAUGGACAAGCGUGUGUGAUUUAGGCGUCUAUACACGUAAUCGUAAUUUCCGUCUGGCUGGGUCAUGUAAAUUAUCCGGUAGUGGAUUAUUAUUACCAAAGUAUGCAAUCAAUAACAAUAAAAUAUUUUCAUGUAUAUGGUCAGAUUGGCGAUCUUGGGCACGGACUCUUGUCACUUAUGUUGAUGAACAAUGUUCAAAUUUUAUUCAUCGACCAGUGGAAAAUUGUUGUUGUAAUAAAACUGAUAACACUUUACUCACUUAUUCACCCACUAAUAAUUACAUCACUAAUUCUUCUGAUAAUGUGCAACAUCAAGUCGUUAGUGAAAAUGACACUAAUGUUUUUCUUCAGUCAUUACCAUUAAAUCUCGUUAGUUUCAUAAAGAAAAUUAUUCAAGAAUGGUUUAAUCGUGGAUUAUCUCAUGAAGAAACCAGUAAUCUGUUAUACAAUUUUGGGAAUCAAAUUAAAAUUGUUUCUUUCAAUAAAGGCAAAUUAGCUGUGAAAGUGGAGAAAUUGCGUUUCUGUGAACGAGUCAAUCGUUCUCAUAAAAGUAAUCAUAUUAUUCUAGUCUUUGAUCUUAUCAAUGGUUGUUAUUAUCAGAAAUGUUUAGAUCCUGACUGUCGACUGUUGGAUUUUCGCUCAUCUAGUAUGCCAAUACCUACCGACUGUCUCAAUGUUCCUUCUGUAUGUAGCGAAGAUGAAAAAGCUUUGAGUGAGAACAAUCUAACUAAUGAAGUUGGAUUUUUCAGUGCUUUUGUAACACCUGAAGAUUUAAUGCUCUGUUCUAUACUGGAUGGUUUGCAAAAAUAA